AUGCGUCUCGCGUACGUCAUCGUGGCGGUUGUGGCGAACCUGUUGGCUUGGAGCGACGCCAUCUCGUCCGCGGUCGACCCGAAGGCUGUUGCUCGGUCCGGUGUUGCUCGCGUGGACCUCGUGGUGGAUGGCCGCGUCAACGAAUUAAGCACGAAGACGCUUCUGGAAGAGGCUCCUCCUGUGCACAGCGACUCGGAAGCGGUACAAGUCGACGGUGAGGAGAGGCAAAUUGGCUUCGCUGACAAAGCCAAGUCGCUAUUCACGAAGGCUUCGCAAAGCGUCGUGGUGGCGAAAGCCACGAACGUAGCGAUGGCAGCUACGGAUACAGCUAAGGUGCAAGCUACGAAUCUCGCUGCGCAACUGAAGGCAAUCAUCGACACGUCUCUGGCAGCGGCGGCACCACUUUGGACCCAGUUGGGCAACAAUCCGACCUCGCAAAUGAUGAAGACCAAGAUUACGGAGCUCUCUCAGACGGCCACCGACCUCAUGAUGACCGGUGCGACCAAGGGUAAGACGUCCCUUGAAGCGCUCGCACUGAACUACGAGGCGGCUAUGAAUGGGCUGUCAAGCAAGUCGGCAUCGAUGUGGACGACGCUGGCUGGUAGUCCGGCUGUCGUGAAAGUCAAUACGAUGCUUCGUGGGCUGGUCGCAGACCUGGUAAUGACGGCCGCGAAUUUGGCCAUUCGAGUGACACUUCAAAAGGAGGCAUCGAGGCUGGAGAAUGGCAUCGUCCGUCUUUUCAACAAGAUGUCGCCGCAUCGGAAAAGGAUUGCCGCUGAUUCGGCCGUGGAAAUCCAGACCAAGCGUACGAGAUUUGCAGAGAAGCUCACCGACGCCGCGCUAAAAGUUGCGGUUAAGGCAACCAAAGUUGUACUCAAGAGGCGCGCAAAAAGGUACAAUGUAAACAUCGAUAAGCAUUUGGGUAACUUUGCACCGGACCGGAAGAAAGUAGCCAUCGGCUCAAUCAUAGCUCCCAAGACGAAAUUUGCGGAGCUGACAGAUAGGGUCAACGACGUGGUGACGACAGCCACGAAAUCGGCAGUCAAGAAAAGACUGAAGAAACGCAGAUCGAGAUUUAAGGCGAAGAUCAAGAACUUCGCUCGCAGGUCAAACCCGCACCAGGAGAAGAAGGCUGCCGAUCGUACCGUGAAGAAAAUUAGGACGAAGAUCGAGGAGUUUGGAAAAAAGAUUUCGAACGCGAUCAUGACAGUGGCGGAAUUGAUCAAAACGUUACUACGAAACCUCUCCCUAAGGCCAAGUUGA